AAGUAGGAGUAUGCCAUUUUUGUUCUUCUGUACCUUUGAAGACACUAGAACUUAAUGAGUGAUAUUUACCAUGAACAUUUCUCAAAGUUUGUUUCUUGCCUCUGAGCCUGCUGUGGAGAAUUAGUACAAGGUUGAAGCAUGCAUGGAUAAAAUAGAUCGUCUUAAAGGAUUGCAGCUCCAAAAAUACACCAGCAGGACUGGGCAGGUUUGACAUAAUGACGUCCUAUUUUAGCCUGACUUCUGGAACUCUGAAGAACUAUGAAUUGAGCCACAGGAGCUCUGAAGAAGGAGCCUCUUCUGAGCGCGUAGAGGAUGUUCUUCAGACUCUGAAAAGAUUUGUCUGUUGUCGGUUUCCUACAGAAUGAGACCGUUGGUACUUACCAGCAUUAAUAGAGGAAAUGAUAGAAAGCCCUGGUCCAUAUCAUACUGAAAGCCAAGUUUGACUUCAGAAACCAGGAGCUCAGAGCGGGCGUGUGCAUAAGCAGCAGCCGAGAUGGCAGAAGCAGCUGUGGGUGCUGCGACUCAGCCGGCAGCCGUGAAGAAGAAGAAGAGCCUGUCCAUUGAGGAAAAGAUUGACAUCAUAAACGCAGUAGAGAGCGGCAAGAAAAAGGCAGAGAUCGCAGCUGAGUAUGGAAUAAAGAAAAAUUCCUUGUCAUCCAUUAUGAAAAACAAAGACAAAGUUCUAGAAGCCUUUGAGUCUUUGCGAUUUGACCCCAAGAGAAAAAGACUGAGAACAGCAUUUUAUACAGAUCUGGAAGAGGCGCUGAUGAGGUGGUAUCGCAUUGCUCAGUGUCUAAAUGUCCCAGUCAACGGUCCGAUGUUGCGUCUAAAAGCUAACGAUUUUGCCCAGAAGCUGGGACACAACGAUUUUAAGUGCAGCAAUGGCUGGCUGGACCGUUUUAAGUCCAGGUAUGGCUUGGUGUUCAGAGCGCAGCCGGCAGAAGCCACGGGGAUACCCGUAGACCCCUCUACUGUCUGGUACCAGAACGUCCUUCCCUAUUACCUAAACGAUUAUCACCCGGAAAACGUCUUCAACGUGAGAGAGACGGGGCUGCUCUACCGGCUGCUACCGACGAACACCUUUGCCUUCCGAGGGGAAACAUGCUCAGUUGGAAAGCUGAGCAAAGACAGGAUAACCCUGGCGGUCGGCGCGAAUAUGGAUGGCUCCGAGAAGCUCCCUCUGCUUGUCAUCGGGAAGAGCCGAGCCCCACGCUGUUUCAAAGGCAUGAAGUCCCUGCCCGUGUACUACGAAGCCAACAGGGCGGCCUGGAUGACGGCGGCCAUCUUUGAGCAGUGGAUGCUGAAGCUAGACGAGAAAUUCCAAGCCCAGAAACGAAGAGUGGUGAUCUUCGUGGAUUCUUCUCCGGCACAUCCGGAGGUGAAAAACCUGAAGUCCAUUGAGUUAGCGUUCUUCCCGUCGUGCGUGGCUUCCGAGUUCGCAGCCAUGAAACAAGGUGUUAUUAAAAGCCUUAAAAUCAAAUACCGCCAUUGCCUUAUCAAGAAAUUUUUAAGUUCUGUCGAAAGCAGCAAGGAGUUUACCUGUUCUCUGUUAGAUGCGGUCGACACACUGCACCUCUGCUGGAGAGCUAUAACCGCGGAGACCAUUGCCAGGAGCUACGAAGAAGCGGGGUUCGUGUCUCCCAGCGGGGAAAGGGAGCCGGCAGCGGCCGAGCGCGCCGCUGCUCCCGACCCGACAGCCUGCGCCCUGGGGGCGGCCGUGGAGUUUCCCGAAGGCCUGGCCAUAGAGGAAUACGCUGCCCUGGAUGAGGACCUGGAGACCUGCGAGGCCGCGAGGGACGGCGCGGAGAGGGGCGGGGGGAGCGGACAAGGCGGAAGCGGGGCCUGCGCUUCCGACGAGGAGGACGACGACGGCGGAGCUCCGGAAGGGGACCCGCCCUGCCCGGCCCAGCCCGAGGCGGCCGCAGCCGUGCGCACCCUGAAAAGGUUCCUCAGAAGCCACGACGUGAAGGCCGAGCUGCACGAUUCUCUCGCAGACCUUGAGAACUUCGUUAACGCUGCGCCGCCUAAGUAGCGGGUCCUGCGGCUCCCAGAGGGGCUUCCCUGGGGAGUCCUCAGAGAGCAGAGCAACCCUCGGCCGAACUGCAAAGCCUUUGAUCCGCAUCGCAGGGCGCCUAGUGAGUGAGGACUAAGUAGAACUGCACAGCUCCGUUUAGCAGGAGGAAAUGCACGGGAGAAAGGCACUGCAAGGGAGACAGGCAGGCCUCUGCG